UGGCCGACGCGUGCUGAUUGUGUCGAGGUCCGUUGCUGCAUAGGCUAGUGUGCUCUUGAAGCUUGCAGCCUCUGAGGCUCCCUGUGUCUCGACCUGUAAGUUGAACUCCUUUCACAGUUUUGUAUCCAUUUUCUCGAACCUCGUUCGAAGCUACAGAGUAUGUCUCCUGGCCGGAUAGACGAACGUCACAAGCCACGUGUGGUGGUGCUUGGACAGCCCAAGUAUGCCGGCGAGGAGUAUCUCGCACAAUUCGGCCAUGAUUACGACCUCUCCGUCCUUGAAGCCUACACGCAUGAGCAAACGAAGUUGUUGUUGCCCCAAGAUGUGUCCAUCAACGGGCCGAUUGACGCGUUCAUUAUCCGAAUGGGUACGCCACCAUAUGAGCCCUUCGACCAGAACAUGCUAGGGCCCCUCCGUGGGUGCAAGCUUGUCUGCUCCGCGAGUGCCGGCUACAAUGAGUUUCCAGUCGACUGGUUGGCGGAGGAAGGCAUCUACUUCUGCAACACUGUAGAUGCUGUCGCCGAAGCCACGGCGGACAUGGCAGCCUUCCUUCUGCUUGCCACACUCCGGAACACAACUAUGGCUGAGCGAAGUGCGAGAGCUGGCACUUGGAGAAGCGCACCGGGUCUCUCACCAGCUCGUGAUCCUUCAGGCCUGACUUUGGGCAUAGUCGGCAUGGGUGCUAUCGGCAAGUACUUGGCGCAGAAAGCCCGGGCAUUCAACAUGAAGAUUAAGUAUUACAACCGCACACAGCUUCCGGCAGAUAUCGAGGCGCAUUACGGUGCCACAUACUGUCCGUCUCUGCAUGAGCUACUCGGCUGCUCCGAUGUUGUCACGCUUAACUGCCCGCUCAACGCAAACACCACCAAUCUGAUCUCGGAUGCUGAGUUCACCGCUAUGAAAGACGGAGUCUACAUCAUCAACACCGCUCGCGGAGCCGUUAUUGACGAGGCUGCGUUCAAGAGAGCGUUAGAUUCCGGCAAAGUGGCUCGCGCUGGACUUGAUGUGCUCUGCAACGAGCCAAAUGUCGAUCCGUACUUUCUCAACCAUGAUAGAGUGAUCAUUCAGCCACAUCUGGGCGGCUUAACGGAUGUGGCAUUUCAGAAGGCGGAGAGGGAGUGCUUCGAGAACGUGAGAGCAUACUUCGAGAAGGGUGUGCCGAACUCGCCUGUCAGGCAGCUUAGACUGAGCAAAGCCAAGUAGAGCUCGGUAUGCGACUUGGCGCUAGAGCUUGAGUACUACAGAAACAACUUUGCAGUAACACCGAGUCAGUUGGCUGCAUAAUGUUGGGCCAGGGUUCGCAGAUCUGUCAAAUGUGGAAUCGUGGCUGAAAUAUUGGUCGUCGCAGUCAUCGCAAGCAGCUGACAACCGUCCGCCACUUCACCUUACAUGGUCAGACGUGCUGGUGCUGAGCUUCGGGUCCAACGUGCGUAUCUAGUCAGGGGCAAUGUAGAGCUCAGGCAUCGUCCGCAAUCAUGUGUCCAUCUCUGUGUACGGUUGCGGUAAUCUAGGAUUUGCCAAUUGAAAGCUAUCACAAU